CACACACCCUGCUCCGCUCUCUUCCACUCAUCACUCCAAGAAUUGGCAUCCGAACAGAAAAUUUCCCAUCUUUAUUAAGUCUAUUGAAAGUAUUUGUAUUUCGUACCCUCAAAAUUCCAUAUCUUUUCACAGAUAUUCUUUCUUACAUUUUUAAUUUGUACCAAAAAGCCGACAAUGAAAUUGCAAUGAUAAUGGGAAUGGCGAAAAGCAAGAAAAGCUCAACCCAGUUUUUCACUUUCCUCUCCGUAUGAACAAAACUUGGCAGUUUCGCUUCUUUUAUCUCUAAUCUUCCGGCGAAUGGCUGCCAGUUUUUGAUGGCUCCAUCAGAUAAUAUUAGGCUUCAGGUUGUCGUAAUCUCAAAUUCUCAAUAUAUUCUGAGGUCAAGUUUUUUUUCCCUUCUUUUUUCUGUUCUUUUAUCUUUCUCGGUUCCCUUAUUUUUUUACUCUUUGCUUGAUUGACCUACGUUGAUUUGAUCUUUUGUUCACAUGUCCGGAUCAAAUGGGGUCUUGAAUUUGACUGAGAUGACAUGCUUUGAUCUUCUGGGCAUCUGUCAAAUUUUAUAUAUUCCUUUCUUCUGGGAUUUUCUCUUUCUCUCUCCUCCAAGAAAAUUACGCUCGCCCUCCUCUCUCUCUCCCUCUCUCUUCCGAUUGCUCAGCUUCCUCUUCCCCCUGUCGGGUGGAUGUCUGUUUUGGGUUGAUUUUCUUUCCCUCUGGAUUGCUAAAAGUCAAGGAAAUUAAUACGGGAACUCGUUGUUCUUGAUUGCGGUCCAGCUUGAACACCGUGUGUCUGAUAAAAGUUAUGGGUAUGACCUUUCUGUGGCUUCUGGUCUCCUGAGAAUUGGAGCUCUCCUCAGACAUGAAGUUGGGUUUUUGUCUUGCUAUUUUAUGGUGAGCCAUUUCUGGUUCUGUUAAUCAUAGAAAACUCAGGAGGCGAAAGAGAAAAAAGUUCAAAAAUGAAGUUUAUGAAACUUGGAUCUCGACCAGACACUUUCUACACUGCUGAAGCUGUAAGGUCAGUUUCCUCAGAAGUCUCCAGUGAUCUCAUAGUUCAGGUUAAGGGCAGUAGGUAUUUGCUUCAUAAGUUUCCCCUGCUCUCCAAGUGUUUGCGCCUCCAGAGGCUGUGCUCUGAAAGCCCUGAUUCCCAGCAGCACCAAAUUGUCCAACUCCCCGAUUUCCCGGGUGGGAUCGAAAUGUUCGAACUAUGUGCAAAGUUCUGCUAUGGAAUCACAAUCACAGUCAGUGCCUACAACAUCGUGUCGGCCAGAUGUGCAGCUGAAUACCUUGAGAUGACAGAGGAUGUUGAGAAGGGGAACCUAAUAUACAAGCUUGAGGUCUUCCUGAAUUCUUGCAUACUGCAAGGGUGGAAGGACGCAAUUGUGACACUGCAGAGCACCAAAACUUUCUCUUCCUGGUCGGAGGAGCUUGGCAUCACUAGCCGGUGCAUUGAAGCUAUUGCUUCAAAAGUUCAAGCCCAUCCUUUGAAGGUUAAUCUGUCACACAGUUACUCGCGCAGGGGCAGGGACGAUGUAUCUUGUAAUGGAGCAGAGAGCCAGAGGCAUCUGCCUCUGAACAAGGGGUGGUGGGCUGAAGAUUUAGCCGAACUGGGUAUAGACCUUUACUGGAGAACCAUGAUAGCAAUUAAGUCUGGUGGGAAGAUACCCUCAAACCUCAUAGGGCAUGCACUGAGGACUUAUGCAUCUAGAUGGCUGCCCAACAUUUCAAAAGACUCAAAUGCAAAAGAACGAGCAGAGCCAGAGCGUGAUUCAGAUUAUGUUGGAGACGCAACUUCAAAGCACAGGCUGCUGCUGGAAUCAAUUAUAAGCUUACUCCCAUUGGAGAGAGGUGCUGUUUCUUGCAGUUUUCUGCUUAAAAUCUUGAAAGCAGCCAACAUACUUAAUGCCUCAUCUUCUUCAAAGAUGGAUUUGGCUAGGAGAAUUGGUAUUCAAUUAGAGGAAGCAAGAGUCAGUGAUUUAUUGAUAUCCCCCUUCUCUCAGGGAAAUGGUACAAUCUAUGAUGUAGACAUUGUCAUGACCAUAUUGGAGCAGUUCAUGGUACAGGGGCAGAGUCCCCCAACUAGUCCCCGAAGAACCAAGGAUGGCUUCGAAAGGAGGAGGAGGUCUCGCUCUGCAGAGAACAUCGAUUUCGAGUUGCAGGAGAGUAGGAGGACUUCUUCUGCAUCUCAUAGCUCAAAGCUUAAGGUGGCAAAACUUGUGGAUGGAUAUCUUAAAGAGAUAGCAAGGGAUGUGAAUUUGCCACUGUCAAAGUUCAUUGCACUUGCCGAGGCUAUACCGGACUUUGCAAGGCUUGAUCAUGAUGAUCUAUACAAGGCAAUUGAUAUUUACCUCAAGGCGCACCCGAAUCUUACCAAAAGUGAAAGGAAACAUUUGUGCCGAAUUUUAGACUGCAAGAAAUUAUCAAUGGAAGCCUGCAUGCAUGCUGCUCAAAAUGAAUUACUCCCUCUCAGGGUGGUGGUGCAAGUCCUCUUCUUCGAGCAGGCUCGAGCUGCCAUGACCGGAGGCCAGGUGACUGAGCUUCCUAGCAACAUCAAGGCCCUUCUCACUGCAAAUGGUGACCCGAGAAGACCUACAACAGCAUUAAGCAGCAAUACAACUGUUCCAACAGAGGACCAGUGGAGUGUCUCAGGUCUCAAAUCCCCGAGCACCAAGCUUUCAACUUUAAGGAUGAAACUCGCUGAAGAUGAUGAUUUGGAAGACAAUUACGCUGAUGGAAUCGGAAAGCAUUCCAAAGCUAAUGGUGUCCGAACUCUUCCCACUCGGCCAAAAAGGAUGUUCAGUAAGUUGUGGUCCAUCAACAGAAGUGCAAGCGAAAAGAAAUGACAGAAUUUUGUUCAUUUUCCUGCUGCUGCAGAUGGUUGAAACUAAUGGAGGGUAAUCACACACUACUCUUACCUGUUCUUUAUCCGCUGCUGCGAAGUUAUUGUAAUUUUAGGGAACCAAAAGAUCAUUAUGAAUUGUUGUUGUAGUCUACGUUAAUAAGAAACAAAGUCUUUCCGGAGACAGGAGAAGAAAAUUUCUCAAUUAGGACAUUCGGCUGUAAUUCUCUUAAAUUCCUAGGAAAAUGGCCUUUCUAGGCACUUAAUUUAUUUCUGGGAAAAAGACACAGAAAACGACAUCAUGAUUUUGGUGUUGGGCAAUUUCAAGCUAUUAUAAUCUAUGCCAGUCGUUUUUGUUUAAA